AGCUGUGGGUGGUGCUGAUAAAUGAAAGUCCUAUAAGUCUUUCAAAUUUGUCUGGAAGGUAAAAUAAAAAAACGGAAAAACAUACAACUUAAGACAAAUACAAGCUUGAAACACUGACGUCAUAUUACGAGUAACUAAGUCGAAAGUGAAGUCUACAAAGAAUCACAAAAAAGAACAGACAGAGAGCAGGUAUGUCCUGUGCUGGUCAAGAGAAACAGAGGGAUGAUGGUAAGCAGCCCAAGCUGAGAAGGAGAGCGCUGCAGAACCGACAGCGAGUCACACUUGCGGGUCUUUUCAAGGCACUGGAAAACAUGGUGUGUCCAUCCAUUCAACCCAGUCAUAACUGUGAGACUAAUCACGGUCUUGCCAAGUGGAAGAUUCUAGAUCAUGCCAUGGGAUUUCUUCUGGAGAAAGAGGCUUACCUCAGCAAACUCCUUGCACUGAAAGAAGUCUAUCUUGAUGAUGAUGGAGGACCGAAGAGUUUGGAAGACGUGCGAGAACAGUAUAGGAGGCUCUAUUCCAAACACUCCCAUGCAGCUUGUGUACCUGAUGUAGAUGAGGGCCACAAGAGCAGUGUGGUAGAUUCAACUGAUGAAGAAUCAGAUGAGCUGCUUCAGUCCCAGUCAUCAGGGUCAUCUGUCCCCAACAUCCAGGAGUUUGAGGGAUAUCUCUUUUUCUACGGUGAGACUCUUGAGCUCCUUUUGCGCAGUGGAGUGCUCACUCCAGAUCAGACGGGUCUUUCUGUAGUGUCCGAGGCCAUCUCAGGCCUGUGGAGCUCUCUUCCUCCGGAGCGAAAGGCGGAAGCACAGCAACAUGCUCUAGACCAGAGCUCGGUCUCAUGGGAAGGCCAAACUGAGAUCACCACCCCACCUCUCACCAGCUUAAAUCCGUCUGCAUCGUAUGCUGUUGAGGAGGAUCUACUACAGGAUGCCUAUGAUGUGGUGCAGAGAGAUAUGGAUGCUGCUUCAGUUAACAGGCCUGCAGUACUGCAUAGCUGUGAUUACGAGAAGCUGAGGCAAAUCUACAAGGACAUUUCGGGCUUCAUCAAGAACCACAUGGCUGAGGAUCAGGAGCUUCCACAGGUUCUGUCUCAAGCAGCUGAGGAUGAAGAGCAUCUCUUGAGGUGUUCAGAAAGCUUGGAUGAAGAUUUCUAGCCAGUGCUUCCCGCUGUAGUCUUUGCGGCUGCUUUCCAUUUCAUUCGACAGUGAAUACUGUUACGGUUUGAGGUGUUGAAUUGUCAGUAGGUUCCUCUGAAUUCAUUUAUUAUUUUUUUUAAACAUUGUGUUCAGUCCCAGCUUACUGUCAUAUAUGUAAUGAUGACAUUUCUGUAAGCCAUAAGAGUUCCAAUGUUCUCUUCUCUUUUUUAAAAAAUUUAUUUAUUUAAAUAAAUAACAUUAAAGCUAGAUGAGCCUUUACAAAUUGUGUUUCCAGUGUUAGUACAACCCCUGGCAAAAAUGAUGGAAUCAUUACACUAGAGGAUGAGGAUGCUCAUUCAUCAUUUUUUUUUUUACUUUGUUGCAAAUAAACAAAUCACAGAUAUGACACAAAACAUUUUUUGUUUAAUAGCUGAGCAUUCUGACUUUGUGAGAUAUACCUUAUAUAAACAGUUCAAUUAAAGUUUUAUAAUUAAUGGCAUAUUUUUUUCCAGAUCAAGUAGAGGGAAAAAUUAUGGAAUCAUCAACAACAAACAAAAAAAUCACAAGUACUUUGCAACUCCUCCAGGUUUCUUUCUUUGAGGCAUGGACUUCAUUAAUGAAAAACAAUAUUCUCUAUCAAGCUGGUUCCAACUUUCUCGGAUAGCAGUUGAUCUGUCAGCGUUGCAGGAGAGAACUUUGUCAUGGACCAAUUUUUAA